CCGUCGCUUAGCGAUGGUGGAGGUGCUGGUGGUAGUCUACUGCCGCUUGUCUAUGGCACGCAUAUGACCGUCACAGCUGGUGAUGCCAUCGCACACACGUUCACUAUCGAAAUGCGUGGCCAAAAUCACUAUCACGAUGGUGGUGGAGGAGGCGGAGCAGACAGUAGUGGYAGUUUGGAAAAUAUGGAUUUGGAGAAUAUGGAUAUGCAUGCCUUUGAUCAUGAUACUGGCAUUGGUGGUGUACCAGAGGAGUCGGAGGAACGCGAUCAUAUCGCGCAUCAUUUUGAGAUGAAACAUCACGAAGAAUUGCUCGAGGAUAUUAGAGAUGACGCCUCAACGAAUUUAUUACCUGACAAAGAUUUACCAAAAUUUGGCGAGCCAUUACAAAAUGUCACAGUACCUGUGGGACGAGAGGCGGUACUGCAAUGUGUUGUCGAUAAUCUGCAAACCUACAAAAUUGCGUGGCUGCGUGUCGACACACAAACAAUACUGACGAUACAAAAUCACGUUAUAACGAAAAAUAACCGAAUGAGUAUAACCCAUGCUGAGAAGCGUGCUUGGAUAUUGAGAAUACGUGACGUCAAGGAAGCGGACAAAGGCUGGUAUAUGUGCCAGAUCAAUACGGAUCCGAUGAAGAGUCAAGUUGGUUACCUGGAUGUUGUGGUUCCACCCGAUAUUCUCGAUUAUCCCACCAGCACUGAUAUGGUGAUACGAGAGGGCGCCAAUGUAACACUGAAAUGUGCAGCAGUUGGUUCACCAACACCGACCAUAACGUGGCGUCGUGAAGGUGGCGAAUCCAUACCGCUACCCAACAAUACCGAAGUCAUCGCCUACAAUGGCUCCUAYCUGACGAUCACUAAAGUACAACGCCUUAAUAUGGGUGCAUAUUUAUGUAUCGCUUCGAAUGGCAUUCCGCCAACGGUCAGCAAGCGCGUAAUGCUGAUUGUGCAUUUUCCUCCAAUGAUUUGGAUCCAAAAUCAACUAGUCGGUGCKGCCACCGGCCAAAUUAUAGCACUUGAGUGUCAGUCAGAGGCGUAUCCGAAGUCUAUCAAUUACUGGACGAAAAAUGACACGAUCAUUGUACCGGGUGAGCACUUUGCAUCSGAAACUUUUGAAARUGGCUACAAAAUCACWAUGCGUUUAACCAUAAAAGAUGUUGACACAUCAGACUUCGGUUCYUACCGUUGUGUGGCGAAGAAUUCUCUUGGUGAUACGGAUGGUACAAUUAAACUCUAUCAUAUUCCGCAAACAACGACUAUAACCACAUUAGCACCGACGGUGGCUAUAAACACCGUGUCCGUAGUGGUUACGAAAUACAACAACAAAGAUCAACGUUUCAGCAAAAAAAUUCACCGCACAAAAUCGAAUGUUGCAGAUAUCUCAUCGUCAUCAUCCUUGAACAACGUUUAUAUUGGUGCCACAUCGAGCUUAUGGAAUUCACAAGAUCACGGCACAGGAAGAGAGCAUAAUCAAUCUCCCGAUCACAGUAACUACCGCAGUGAUGGAAAAUCUGUAAYGAAUAAACACGAUGCGAACUCACUGACCGAUGAUGCCAUCCAUGGUGCAGCCUGUACAACAGCAAAUGCGCAUACGCUGCUGCGUUAUGCAGGUCUAGCGAUAUUUGUAGUACUCUGUGGGCGCGUGUAGCAGAUACGAAGUUGAUUUUAGUUGA